CUCCUGUUCUCUCGGACCUCUUCUUCUACGCAAAAAAACAUUCCUUCUCGCCACAGAAAAUCCACACCUAAUUCACCCGCAACACUACCCCGCUCUCCCACGACUCAUCUAAUAUCGCAUCUCUGCUGCAAUGGAUCGUUCCCAGAUAUAUACCGUCGACUCGGGCCUACCAAAAGAUGACAACCAAGCCGACGACCAGCCUGGAGAGAUUCUGAAGGCUUUCCGUUCGUUCGUUCUGGAAUUCCGAUUGGACAACAAUUUCAUAUACCGAGACGCACUGCGGACGAACAUCCUCAUCAAACAGUACAGACUCGACGUCGACAUUGCACAUCUGAUUUCCUUCAACGAAGAGCUAGCACACAAACUUUCCAAUGAGCCAACGGAUAUCCUGCCUAUCUUCGAGACUGCGGUACGAGAUUGCGGACGACGCAUGUUCUUGACUGGAGGCAACUCGAGUGCAGUCUUCCCCGACUGUCAAGUGAUACUCCACUCCAACACGAAUCUCAUUUCUAUUCGAGAUCUGGAUGCAUCGCACAUCUCGAAGCUAGUGCGGAUUCCGGGAAUCGUUAUCGGCGCUUCCACCAUGUCGUCGAAGGCGAUCGAGCUUCAGAUCAUGUGCAGGAACUGUCAGACUACGAAAAGGAUACCGGUUCAGGGCGGAUUCACGGGUGUAUCUUUGCCCCGUACUUGUGACAGACCUACUAUGCCCGGUGAGGAUGCCGACAGAUGCCCGAUGGAUCCGUACUUUGUAGUCCAUGAGAAAUCGAUUUUUAUCGACCAGCAGGUUCUCAAACUCCAGGAGGCUCCCGAUAUGGUACCUGUCGGUGAGCUGCCGCGGCAUAUUUUGGUCAGCGCCGACCGGCACCUCACCAACAAAGUCGUCCCGGGAUCGCGCUGUACGGUGAUAGGUAUUUUUUCGAUCUACCAGUCUAAAGGCAGCAAGGGAGCCGCUGCCGCAGUCGCCAUCAGAAAUCCGUACAUCCGUCUCGUCGGUAUCCAAGCAGAUGUCGAUCACACGGCGAAGGGUUCAGCAAUCUUCUCGGAAGAAGAGGAACAAGAAUUCCUUGAACUUUCCCGGAAACCGAAUCUCUAUGAGAUGAUCGUGGAUUCACUCGCACCAUCUAUCUAUGGCAACGUUGAUAUUAAAAAAGCAAUCGCAUGUUUGCUCUUUGGUGGUUCGAAGAAGAUUCUUCCGGAUGGCAUGCGGUUGCGUGGUGAUAUCAAUGUUCUACUCCUCGGAGAUCCCGGUACCGCCAAAUCUCAACUCCUGAAGUUCGUGGAGAAGAUCGCACCGAUCGCCAUCUACACAUCCGGAAAGGGUUCGUCAGCCGCCGGUUUGACGGCAUCGGUGCAGCGCGACAAUCAGUCCCGAGAAUUCUACCUGGAGGGAGGAGCGAUGGUGCUCGCGGACGGUGGAGUGGUGUGUAUCGACGAGUUUGACAAAAUGCGAGACGAGGACCGAGUUGCUAUCCACGAAGCAAUGGAGCAGCAAACAAUCUCCAUCGCCAAAGCCGGUAUCACCACCAUCCUCAACGCCCGUUCAUCCGUCCUAGCCGCGGCCAAUCCCAUCUUUGGAAGAUACGAUGACAUGAAGAGUCCUGGAGAGAACAUCGAUUUUCAGACCACAAUUCUUUCCAGAUUCGAUAUGAUCUUCAUCGUGAAGGAUGAGCAUAACCCUGGCCGAGACGAGACUAUCGCCAGGCACGUCAUGAAUCUGCACAUGAACCGAAUGACCGAGAAAGAUGAGGUCGUCGGGGAGAUCCCAAUGGAUAAGCUGAAGCGAUACAUCACCUACUGCAAGACCCGUUGUGCCCCCAAACUCUCCACCGAAGCCUCCGAAAAGCUCUCCUCACACUUCGUCCAAAUCCGCAAGCGCGUGCACGAGCUCGAGUCCUCGGCCAACGAGCGUUCCAGCAUCCCAAUCACCGUGCGCCAACUCGAAGCGAUCAUCCGAAUCACCGAGUCCCUAGCAAAACUGUCCCUCUCUCCCAUCGCGACAGAAGAGCACGUCGACGAGGCGAUCCGGCUGUUCCUCGCGUCCACCAUGGACGCCGUGGGCCAAGGUCAGGGAAUGAGUAAGGAGCUCAACGACGAAGUCGGCAAGAUCGAGGCGGAGCUGAGACGGCGACUGCCGAUCGGAUGGAGCACCAGUUACGCUACACUGAAGCGCGAGUUGUGCAGUAACCGUGGGUACAGUGAUGCGGCGCUCAACAGGGCGCUCAUGAUGCUCAAUAAGAGGGACACGAUUCAGAUGAGGAAUGGUGGUGCGAAUGUCUACCGUAGUGGUGUGUAAGGGAUGCGCGGGAUGGAAUAAAUUCCCGUUAACGCGUUACGGAUACUUGUGUAUGGCGUUUUUUUUGACUGCAAUUUUGGGGAGGAGGAAUAUACCCAUGGUUUUAGGAUGGACGGAUUUAGAUGGGUGUAUCAAAAGAUGGCACGCUGAAACGUUUCAAAUACCC